AAACCGACCCACCGAUAUUACCGGUUACCGCCCAAGCCAACAGUCCGCCGUAUUGUCUUAUAUCAUCGGAUGGGUCGGUUGUUCAUCCGCUAUUCUAGUGCUAGGCUAACUUCUUGACGUCAAUUUCUAAUGGGUGUUGGGAGUUUUCACUAGUCAAUCAGGCGAAGAACAUUGCGGACGUCAGACAAUUUGGCGCGCACAGUGCGGGUAUGGCAAGUGAGGAACUUGGCUGAGCUCCUUCUCGUCAAGCGCGACAACUUCCAUGCCAUCUUGGACGGCUUGCCGCAUGUUAACCCAUCGCGCACCCUGAGUCCGAGCGCGCUAUGUACAAUGCCCGAUCAUUAUUGGGCACAGGAUCCUCCAGCUGACACGUACCGAGCUUCGUUCUGGCAAACUACUUAACUCAAGAACUCAGGAUGGGACUCGCAUCUCACUAUCAUCUCCCAGCUAUCUCCUCCUGCAAUGCCAGAGCUUGUAAUCUCCCCCUCGUCCUCCGUCGAUACGACCGCAAGCAGUUCCUCUGGAGGAAUUGAUACGCCGCUCACCACCCCGGGGAUAAGCAACACAGGAUACAACUUAGCAAGCGAUAUCAUUCCGUCUGAGCAUCCUCAUCGCACGCUCGUCCUCUGUUUCGAUGGAACCGGUGACCAGUUCGAUGCCGACAAUUCGAAUGUAGUUCUAUUUUUCUCCAUGUUGAAGAAAGAUGACCGACGCCAACAGUUGGUCUACUAUCAAGCCGGAAUUGGAACUUAUACUACUCCACAAAUUGCGACCCCAGGCAUGGCAAAGAUAUCCAAAACUCUGGACGAAAUGGUUGCCUGGAAUCUCGACGCGCACGUGAUGGACGGAUAUGAGUUCCUCAUGCAGAAUUACGAGAUUGGAGACAAGAUCUGUCUCUUUGGGUUCUCUCGUGGUGCAUAUACCGCUCGUGCUCUUGCCGGUAUGAUUCACAAGGUGGGACUUCUCCCCCCUUGUAAUCAUCAACAGGUACCCUUUGCCUAUAAGAUGUUUACUCGAACGGAUCAGCUUGGCUGGGAACAAAGCACCGCGUUCAAGAAAGCGUUCUCUGUUGACGUCGAUGUGGAGUUCAUCGGUGUAUGGGACACUGUGACGUCCGUCGGGCUGAUCCCACGAACCCUACCUUUCACUACCUCCAACACCUCAGUUAGAACGUUCCGACACGCCGUGUCGCUUGACGAACAUCGAGCCAAGUUCAAGGCUAACCUUUUCAAUCGGCCUACCAAGGCUGAAGCACAACUAGGAACUCAUCCCGGAGACAUGCCCAAGUCCGAUGGCAUUCCAACGACUCUAGCCACCGGGAUCGACGGUUCCUCUUCAGGUACCUCAUCUGGUAAACAUGGAAAGAAUGGGGUUCAUAAACGACCCGGAAAUUCAAGGCGAAAGUUCGAACGAGAGUUCUCGGAGCGUGAUGGUCAUAUCGAGCAGACCGACGUGAAAGAAGUUUGGUUCGCCGGCUGUCAUUGUGAUGUCGGCGGUGGCUCCGUCUCCAACGACACCCGCCACAACCUCGCUCGAAUUCCUCUACGCUGGAUGAUUCGUGAAUGUUUCCGCACAAACAUCGGCAUCCGUUUCCAUGCUUCUCUCUUGCGCACAGUCGGUCUCGACCCAAACACGCUCUUUCCAACAGUUCUGGAUCGGCCUGAAACCAUCUACGCUAAUUCACUUCCACCUCACCUUCAUGUCCCAAACGCUCCCCAUGAACACGGCAGAGAGUCCACUGCAGACUCUUCAUACACUGUCAAAACCCUUGUGGAUGAUCCGACGGUUGCAAAGUCAACUUCCGUGGGGUACGCAAAUAUCGCUGCGUCAGAUCUCAACUUGACUGAGGAAGAAGAAGACGUAUAUGAUGCCUUAUCUCCCAUCUAUGACCAGCUUUCUCUCGCCCCGGCAUGGUGGAUCUUGGAGCUGUUGCCGAUGAGGUUUAAGAAGCAAAGGGACAAUAACGAUUGGGUCUCUAACUGGGGACUCAAUCUUGGUCAACCGCGCAAGAUUCCUAGUCGUAUUCAAAAGCGGGGUGAAUUCUUCGUGCAUCGUAGUGUCAAGAUUCGGAUGGAGGCUGAGGAGAAAUUGCUUGGCGGCAAGUACGUACCGAGGCCCCAGUGGAAGGUCGAACCGAAGUGGGUUGAUUGAGCAGUGGUGAAGUGUCUGUUCUCAUGCAUACCGUAUUGUAUAGGACUGGAGCAUUAUGUUCGUAUCUUCCUAUCCAAAAUGUUAUAUCUUGUCGUAUUGAGCGGUAAAAGUACGAACAGGAAAGAAUUGGUCAGGUACUAGUAAUACACGUAUGCACACUGUCCUUUGGGGCGGUAUAUUC